AUGACCUCCGAGGAGCUGACGCGGGGGCUGCUGUACCUCUUCCUGACGGUGGUGGGGGUGCCGGGGAACGGGACGGUGAUCUGGGCCUUCCUGCACAUGGUGUUCUGUGAGGGGCGGCUGCUGCCGGCUGACGCCAUCGUGCUGCACCUCGCCUCCGUCAACCUGCUGGUGGUGGGCGUUCGCUGCCUGCUGGAGAUGCUGGCCUCCUUCCAGCUCGCCAACGUCUUCGACGACACGGGCUGCAAGGCCGUCAUCUUCGUGUACCGCACAUCACGCUCAAUGUCCAUCUGGCUCACCUUCAUUCUGAGCGCCUACCAGUGCGUGAGCAUCGCCCCGCCCGGGUCUCGCUGGGCGGCGGCCCGCACCCUGGCCGCCCGCUACCUGGGCGGGGUGUUCCUGGGGCUGUGGGUGAUGAACUGCUCGAUGAGCACCGCGGCCGUGGCCUUCUCGCUCGGCACGCGCAACUCGUCCGCGCUCGGCCAGCACGGCAUCAACGUGGAGUUCUGCUUCGUGCGCUUCCCCUCGCUGCUGUCCCGCGACGCCAACGGCGCGGUGCAGGUGGCGCGGGACGUGGUGCCCAUGGCGCUGAUGACCGGCGCCAGCCUGGUGAUCCUGCUCUUCCUGUACCGGCACAGCCAGCAAGUGAGGAGCCUGCGCAGCGGAGCCCCGGGCCGCCAGGGGUCCGCCGAGCGCCGCGCCGCCAAGGCGGUGGUGACGCUGGUCACGCUGUACGUGGUGUUCUACGGCGUGGAUAACGGGCUGUGGGUGUACACGCUGACCGUGCCGCGAACGCUGGCCUCCUCGCUCCUCUCUGACCUGCGCAUCUUCUUCUCCUCCCUGUACGCGGCCGUCAGCCCCAUCGUCAUCAUCACCACCAACCGCAAGGUGAGCGGCCGGCUGCGCUGCGGCCGGGUAGAGGAGAAGCCGCUGCACAGUGCCGCCACCACGCUGUCCACCAUGUGACGCGCCGCCAUCUCCACGGAAACCCGCCGGCUUCCUGCCUUCUCGGGGACA